CACAGAACAAGGUCGAACGCAGGUCUUUGACUUCGGUCCAUGUCGAAGCCCAGCUCCUGCAGAUUCCUUUGUCUGGCUACCACUUUGAACUUUGUUCAACUAUCUACUGUCACCAUGGAGGCCCCUAACUCAGAGGCGCCAGUCAACUGCACAGUUAACGACAACAUGCUGCCCUUCACAGUCUCCUACUCGGUCAUCUUCCUGAUCGGCUUGGUGGGCAGCUUGGUGGCGCUGUGGGUGUUCAUACAAAGCCGUGACGCCAAGAAAUGCAUCAGCGUCUACCUGAUCAACCUCUUGACCUCAGACUUCCUGCUCACGCUGGCCCUGCCCUUCAAGAUCGCUGUCAACCUCGGCGUGGCGCCUUGGGGCCUCAAGAUCUUCCACUGCCAGGUCUCCGCCGUGCUCAUCUACAUCAACAUGUACGCCUCCAUCAUCUUCCUCACCUUCAUCAGCGCUGACCGCUACCUGCAGCUCACCCCGAGCUCGCGGUUCUUCCGCAUCCAGGAGGCGGGCUUCGCCAGGAUGAUGUCGGCGGUGGUGUGGGCGGUGGUGCUCUUCAUCAUGGUGCCCAACAUGGUCAUCCCCAUCCGGGACAUCCCGGAGAAGCCACUGGUCACCUGCGCCGAGUUCAAGCAGGAGCUGGGGCUGCACUGGCACACGUUCUCCAGCUUUCUGUGCGUGGCCGUCUUCCUCAACACCUCGGUCGCUGUGCUCUGCUCCAACGCCUUUGUGCUGAGGCACCUUUGGGGGAGCCGGGGCGGCAGCGCAGAGGAGCAGGCCAGCGCCCGCCACGCUGCCCGCAGCAUCGCCGUGGUGACGCUGGCCUACGUGGUGUGCUUCGUGCCAUACCACGCGGUGCGCGCGCCCUACACCCUCACCCAGAACCGGGUGAUCACCGACUGCUGGCUGAAGCGCCACCUCUACCUGGCCAAGGAGGCCACGCUGCUAAUGGCGGUGCUGCAUCUCUGCUUCGACCCCAUCCUCUACUUCUACCUCUCCCACAGCUUCAGGCAAAGGGUCACAGAGGCUUUUCGGACCAAGGGGGACGCCUCCGUCCUGCCCCAAAUCCCUGAAAGUCCCCCACAGCCUUGAGUCUUGGGCCUGGGCACAGACUAAAUGAGUACUGCUAAUGCUUGGGAGAUACA